GCGGCGGGCGGCGCGGAGCCGGGAGGCGGGGGCGGCGCUGCGCCCCGCGCGGCUCCCGCCGGGCGCGCGGCGGGAGGGCCCGGGCGGCCGCGCCGGGGAGGAUGAUGAUGAUGUCCCUGAACAGCAAGCAGGCGUUCAGCGUGCCCCACGCCGGCAGCCUGCACGUGGAGCCCAAGUUCUCGGCGCUGCACGGCGCCUCGCCCGGCCCGUCCGCGCCCGCGGCGCCCGCGGCCAGCUCCCCCGGCGGCUCGGGCGGCGGCGGCCGGAGCAGCAGCGCCAGCGGCAGCGGCGGCGGCGGCGGCGGCGGCGGCGGCGGCGGGGGCUCCGAGGCGAUGCGCAGAGCUUGUCUUCCCACCCCACCGAGCAAUAUAUUCGGCGGGCUGGAUGAGAGCCUGCUGGCCCGCGCCGAGGCUCUGGCCGCCGUGGACAUCGUCUCCCAGAGCAAGAGCCACCACCACCACCCGCCCCACCACAGCCCCUUCAAGCCGGACGCCACCUACCACACCAUGAACACCAUCCCGUGCACGUCGGCCGCCUCCUCCUCGUCCGUGCCCAUCUCGCACCCGUCCGCCCUGGCCGGCACCCACCACCACCACCACCACCACCACCACCACCACCACCAGCCGCACCAGGCGCUGGAGGGCGAGCUGCUGGAGCACCUGAGCCCCGGGCUGGCCCUGGGGGCGAUGGCGGGCCCCGACGGCGCGGUGGUGUCCACCCCGGGCCACGCGCCGCACAUGGCCACCAUGAACCCCAUGCACCAGGCCGCCCUGAGCAUGGCGCACGCCCACGGGCUGCCCUCGCACAUGGGCUGCAUGAGCGACGUGGACGCGGACCCGCGGGACCUGGAGGCGUUCGCCGAGCGCUUCAAGCAGCGGCGCAUCAAGCUGGGGGUGACCCAGGCCGACGUGGGCUCGGCGCUGGCCAACCUCAAGAUCCCGGGCGUGGGCUCGCUCAGCCAGAGCACCAUCUGCAGGUUCGAGUCGCUCACGCUCUCGCACAACAACAUGAUCGCGCUCAAGCCCAUCCUGCAGGCGUGGCUGGAGGAGGCCGAGAAGUCCCACCGCGAGAAGCUCACCAAGCCCGAGCUCUUCAACGGCGCCGAGAAGAAGCGCAAGCGCACGUCCAUCGCCGCGCCCGAGAAGCGCUCGCUCGAGGCCUACUUCGCCAUCCAGCCGCGACCCUCGUCCGAGAAGAUCGCGGCCAUCGCCGAGAAGCUCGACCUCAAGAAGAACGUGGUGCGCGUCUGGUUCUGCAACCAGAGGCAGAAGCAGAAGAGGAUGAAGUAUUCCGCCGGCAUCUAGGCCCUCCGCGUAGGGCGCGUUCCCCGUCCCCGUCCUCCCCUCCUCUCCCUCCUGCCUCUUUUCUUCCCACUUUGGCCAUCAGAAACCGGUCCGGUAAAUGUGAACCCAGAACGAGCCCGGAGCAAAGGGGCGAGCAGCUGAGCCCAAAUCAGGAAGAAUGGGAACCGGUUCCGCAAAGUGAAGAAAAACCAAAAACCAGACAAAAAAAAAAAAAAAAAAAAAAAAAAAAAGGAAUUUGUCAAGUGUAGCAGAGUUGUCCCCUUGAGCCGCGCCGGGGCUGCUCGGCUUCGUGAGAGGGAGCGCGGAGCUGGUCGGCGGAAGGCGGAGGGCGAGCUUUUAAACCCUCCCGCAAGAACGAGCAAGUAAGAUUUGUUUUUAUUCUUACAGACGUCACCCUUGUUCACGUUUAGAGGUACACUUCCAGCUAUUUUUCAGAAAUAGAAAUUGAUUCAGGACUCGAAGCUAGAGUUGAUGCUUAAUGUGAUAUGAUAGAGACAUCUCUAAAGUAUUUUGAAUUAAAAAGAUGGCAGAUUUUCUGCAUUUACACUGUAUAUUAUAUAUAUAUUUUUAUCGUGGUUCUUACUGCCUUCUUCUUUCUCCGAAGUGUUAACACUUACAAAAGGAGUUGCGCCUGCUGUGUUCACUGAUCUUGACAGCUAUGAUUAGAUUAUUGCCGAACAACCCUCUGUAAAUUAUUAAUUUAUCUCUGGCAACUUAAUUUUGUGCACAUUCUAAUUAAUUACACUUCUUUAGUCUGAAAAUAAAACCGGGGGAUACGUACAGCUAGCGAUGCUCAAACAUUUUUUUUUUUUUUUGGUCUGAUUCGUUUACUGGAUUUUUACAGCCUCCCUCGUAGACUGUGUUCUCUUUGGCCUAGUUGUAUAUUCUCACUCUGAAUGAAGAUCCCCCUUUGUUUUUAACUGGUAGUGUUCUAAUUUGUGAGCUGACACUUGGUAAUGGAUGUCUUAAUCGUGUAGACCUGAUUCACCGUCCGAAGUCUUGUUUACUUCCUUACAUAUUUAAUGGGGAUUCCACAUUGCCCCCAUGACACAUGCCCUCUCUCACGCACACAUGCCUACACAGACACACAGACACACACACACACCUCUAAUGGAAGAGAAGCAGUUGCAAGCAUGACUGAUGAUCAGUCUAUCUUUUUCCAGCCUUAGGUGCGUUUCCCUCUUGGUGCUUACUCUCCUGGAUUCUAAGAUUUCACCAAGGUAUUUCAAUCUUCCAGUUUUCAAUUGCUUUGUUGCUUCACUUUGACAUUUAUAGGAAUCCUUCAUUUUUUCCUUUUAGGAGGUUUGUUUGUAGGAAAACAAAACAACACAAAUUUGAACUAUAAGAAAGACAGUGCGCUGCUUGUAAACUCACAUUGUCUGGUGGAAUCCCUUUGAAGCACACACACACAGAGGUACACAAGUGAUUGGUACCUCAUCUAUUGUAAAUAUUUCAUUCAAAAUGAUGCACAUAUAGAUAUAUUCUUACAAAAUUUGCUGUAAUUGCUGAUCCAUUUGAGGCUCUCCAAAGUCCUAAGAUCUGUAUAUGACCUGGUUUCUUGGUUUUGUUAAUGGAUUAUUUACUCUAGUAAUGUAUUAAGUUAUUUUGGGUGUUGUUUGAUUGUCUUUCAUCGAAGAGAUGAUUUUAAUGUUUUACUGGCAAAGUAUGCUGCUUUUUCAUUAAAAUAUGCUAUUAAUAUUAAAUGACUUUUAAAACGUG